GCUAACUUCAGAGUGGAUUCUGCAACGACAAACCGGGUAAACACAGGCAAACGGCCCGAAACGGCCAAAACAGCAACGAGAACGUCGAGGACGCUCGACUUCGACCUUCGUUUGCGACGGGGUUAUUGUGUACAGGUGUACACAAGUAACGAGGUACGGUAUUCGAUCGCCGCAUGGCUCGUGCCAAUGAGAGGGGAUCGGUUACGCACCCGUUAAUCAAUUGCCCCACGGAGCGGCUCAUCAUUCGACACGACUCGGUAUUGCCCACGUGAACACUUCGCUCAUCAUGCGAUGACGGUUUUCAACUACCUUUGUGGAACUGCCAGAACGCUGCAGCUUUUACAGUAUCCUAUUCAUGUACACAGAAGUCUGCACUUUUUCUUUCGAAAUGAAUCUAGUUUUGUGCCUAAGAAGGUACUUAUCGUGGCAAAAUUGUCCCGAUACCAUUUCGAAAGAUUACGAGAACCCGAGCUCAGCGAGGCCCAGCUGAAGAUGAAAUUGGUAGAAAGAGGUUCAGAUUAUGAUAAUAUGCUCGCCAGCCACUUGGCUACCAAAGAUGUAGAAAAUCAAGUUAUUCACCUUUUGCAAAAGAUGAAUAUGGAAUAUAAGGUAGUAGAUAGAACAAGUUUAGAUCAUUCACUUUUUACAUGGGCGGAUUUGGUGCUGCCAAUUGGCGGUGACGGAACGUUUCUCUUAGCCUCGAAUUUAGUAUUUAACAAUAAAAAACCUAUAAUAGGUAUUAAUUCCUAUCCUGAAAAGUCGGAAGGCUAUCUCCUAUUAUCAGCGAAAUAUACGAAAAACAUACCAGAAAUUUUCGAAAUGCUAAGAGCAGGACACUAUAGUAUACUCAUGCGAAGACGAAUUCGGAUCACUUUAAAGGGAGAAGACAUAUGGCAAGCUCCCUUUCAUAUGCAUGAGAAAGGACGCAUUGUUGGUAGUGAUAGGUUUUAUACGAACGAAAGGUUCGAAAGCAAGCACAGUUUACCAAAAGAAAGGCGUCUACCUUGGUUAGCGCUUAACGAAGUUUUCAUGGGUGAAACAUUAUCGGCACGGACGAGUUCCUUACUCAUAAAGUUCGAUGAAGAGCAAGAGUAUCACAAAAUAAAAGGCUCCGGUUUGUGCGUGAGCACUGGAACAGGAUCAACAUCUUGGUAUAAAUCUAUACACAGUUUAAAUCACCAAACCGUACGGGAAAUAUUAAAUCUCAUAGAUACUAAACGGCCAUUCACUAAUGAAGAAAUCGAAAUGAUUUGUUCAACGUUUAAUAGCAGCUUACGAUUUGACGCAGGGGAUUCCAAACUGUGUUAUUCCAUAAGAGAUAUGAUAAUGACCAAUGCAAUACCCGUUCCGAAAGACGUCCACACUCGUGGUUUCUGUAGAAAGGCCAUUGUGAAAUCACAGUGCUUCGAUGCGGGUUUGGUUCUGGAUGGUGGAAUAGCAGUCCCCUUCAAUUUCGGCACCAUUGCGGAAAUAGAGACUUUUCUCGAAGAUUCCUUACAAACUAUCAUCCUUCUUGAUUAAAUUAAUAGAUUAGAACAUUCAAAUAACAUUUAUAUAAA